AUGGAAAAAGUUUAUGAAGAGUUGGACGAUGCGAAAUCUGAGAUCGAUAAACUCAAGGCAGAAUUAAGAAGCAAAUCGGAUUCGCUUGAGAAUUUGAAGAGAUCGCUUAAUGCACAGGUUAAUCAAACACGAGAAGCAAAGUCGAAAUCGGAGAGGCUUGACCAUGAACUGCUUCGAAAGGCGGACGAAAUCGCAGAGGUGAAGAAUUUGUAUGAAGAUCUUAAAGGAAAGUUGAAAGAACAAGAGUCUAUCGUCAAACAUCUCAGAGGUGCAAUUGAUAAAAUCCGAGUUGAUUGCGAUGAACAGACUAACAAGUUGGAAGAUGGGAAUAGAGGGUUAGUGUUGGCCUUAGAGGAAGCGAAUGACAAGGUAGAGAAUCAAGAACAAAAGAUUUGUGAAUACAGAAAAGAAAUCGAGAGACUGAAAAGUUGUAUAUCGGUUUCAAAGAAGUGUUCGUGUUCGGAAUCACAGAAAAGUUUAAAAUCUUCGAAAGAAGUAAUUGAAAGAGAUGACAUGUUUUACAAGUUGGAAGAGGAAAAAGGAAAGUUGGAAGAUCAAUUGAAGUGGAAGAAGGAACAGUUUAAACAUCUAGAAGAAGCAUAUGAGAAACUUAAAGGGGAGUUUAGGUCUAGCAAGAAGGAGUGGGAGAUGGAAAAAACUACAUUGCUUGAUGAGAUUUCUUCGCUUCAAAUUAAAUUAGACUCUCAGAUCAGAUUAUACGAAGAUCUUCAACAUCAGUUGCAAACGUGCCACCAGGCUCUUGCGCAUGUAGAAAACCAGAAAAAGCAACUCGAAGUUGAAGUUUCAGAUUUCAGGCUGCAGCUUGAAUGUGCAGGUAGCGAGUAUCAUGAUGCUAGACAACAACUGGAUUGCUUAAACUCUGAUCGCGACAAAGACGUUGCAGAUUUGAGAUAUUCGUUGAAAACACAAGCGGCGUAUAUUAAAGAAGAGAAGUACCGAACCGAGAAGCUAGAGCAAGAAAAUCGAGAGUUAAGGAUGUUGGUCAAAGAACUACAGGAAGCUCAAAUUCAAGAAGCAGGAGCUUCAUAUUCGCAGUCGAAGUUGAGGACCAAACUUAAAAACUUAGAACAAACACAUAAAGAGUGUGCCUUGACUCUUAAGGCUAGAGAAGCGGAAUGGAACUCUCAGAUAGAACAAUUGAAUGGAGACUUGAACAGGUGUCAGUCGGAAUUGGAAGCUAAAAUUGCAGCAGUGGAAGAGCUUCAGAUGGAGUUGGAAAAUUCUCAUUCCGAAGCCGAAUGGAAUUCUCGGAUAGAACAUUUGAAUGGAGACUUGAACAGGUGUCAGUCUGAAUUGGAAGCUAAAAUUGCAGCGGUGGAAGAGCUUCGGAUGGAGUUAGAAAAGUCUCAUUCUGUUACCAUUGAGACGAGGUUGCUGAAUGAGGAGAUGUAUGUGAUGCUGCUAGUGUUGAAACAAGCAAUUUCCGAGGCUCAAUUAAAGUUUGUUAAUUAUAAAGACGAGAUGGAUCUAAUCAACAAAGAGAAAGAAGGGAAGAUCAUUCAACUGAUGAAGGAGUUGGAGAUGAAAGAUGAUGCUUUGGUCAGUACUCGGAAAGGCUUAAAUGAAGAACGCGAGAAAGCAGCAUGUUUGAAGAAGGAAGUUGAGUCCUACGGAUCCAACAAAGAUUUGCAGCCCUCGCAGCAAAAUGAACUUGACAAGUACAAGGAAAUGCUGGAGGAAUCAACUAAGCGUCAGCAGAUCCUCGAAGAGCAGGUUUUGCAGAUGGAACAUGAUUCAAAAGGACAACUUAGAGAAACUCAUGAAGCUUUGGACAUUGCUAUCAGUGAAUUGGAUGAGAGAAUUUGCGAAAGAAAUGAAAUGGAAUUCGAACUGCAAAUAUGGAAGUCGAUUGUUGAGCGAUUGAAAAACGAUCUUGAAAAAAGUCAUUCGGCGCGUAAAGAACUUGAAACUUCACUUCUUGCACAAGUAGAGAUUGGCGAAAGCAUCCAGCAAGAGCUUCAGAAAGAGGUGGUUUUGUUGGAACAAGAGUCAUUUAGAAGAGAAUUUGAGAGUGUUGUGAUUGCAAAAGGCACAAUAGAAAGAAAACUCAUAAUGGAGAAUGAGAAAUUAAUAGAAAAUGCAUCGAAACUGUCAUUAGAAAAGGAAAACUUGUUGGCUUUUGUUCAAGGGUUGAGUGACAGAAUCUAUGAGUUGUCUAAUGCAGACACUCAACUGAUGGACAUGUUGAGAAGCAUGGAGAAAACCGUUGAGAUUGAUUGUCAUGGAAUGAACUUGAAAAAGGAAGAUAGCUUUUGCCAUGUAAAAGAGAAUUUGGGAGUUCAAGUUUCUCCUACAACAAGUACAAAUAGAUUAAAGAAAGAUGAAUCCAUGUCUGAUAUGAGAUCUCCAUUCAAAGAGCUGAAUAGUUGCUAG